GCGGCGCACACUCAUUCAAACUUGCGGGCUGCGGUAGGUCGUGUCACAGAGUGGCGCCACGAUCGCAGUCUUCCCCGCUACGCGAUCUCAUACACAUUUUCUUUGAAAUUUCGUGCAAUUGCAAAGAAAAAAGUGAAUACGCGCGAAACAUUCGGUGACUUAUUGGUGCCUUGUGAUUUAUGUUUUUUUUUACAUAGACUCAUUUUUUAUUAUUAUUAUUAUUAUUAUCAAGAUCAACUUCUUCGAUAUUAAUAAAGAAGGACGUGAUCGCGUUAGUGAUUCGAAGAUUUCGACGCUUCGACUAAGAAGGAUUGCGUUUGUCAACGAAGCAAUAACAACAUUACAGAAAUCAUCACAUACGGUGCUUGAACAUAUCGACAAAUCCAUAUCAUUUUUAGACAAUUUUAACUCAAUUAUCAAGUAUUUAGAUAAAGAGUAAUGUAAUUAUAUCCUCCAAGUUUUUUUUUGAUAACGAUAAAAUAAAGUCUAUGAAAUGAGAAUAAUUAAGAAUACGAAAGGAAUUUCAAGGGGCAUUAUGGCAAUGAUGACUAUGAGGGGCGGCUUGAGGAUUCUAUGGACGGUGGCGGCUGCCGGAGUCUUACUCACGAGGAGUAGCGCCGCUCCAACCUUCGGUACUACAGAUAAGGCGACGAUGUAUUUAGCACAGUACGGUUAUUUAAGUCCAUCAGUAAGGAAUCCUUCGAGUGGACACAUUAUGGAUGAGAGCUCGUGGAGGAGAGCCAUUGCCGAAUUUCAGAGCUUCGCUGGUCUUAAUGCUACGGGUGAACUGGAUGACCAAACGAACGAAAUGAUGUCAUUGCCAAGGUGUGGAGUUAGAGAUAAAGUAGGCUUCGGAGAGAGUCGUGCCAAAAGAUACGCAUUGCAAGGGUCAAGAUGGCGUGUCAAAAAUCUGACGUACAAGAUAUCCAAGUACCCAUCAAGACUGAAUCGCGCCGAAGUCGAUGCUGAGCUUGCCAAAGCCUUCUCCGUCUGGUCUGACUACACGGAUCUUACUUUCACACAAAAGAGAUCCGGUCAAGUCCACAUAGAAAUUAGGUUUGAGAAAGGCGAGCACGGUGACGGAGAUCCUUUUGAUGGUCCAGGAGGCACCCUCGCCCACGCUUAUUUCCCGGCACAUCAAAUAGCGAUGCAAUAUGUUAAAAGGGACUUGCAAAGUGAUGUGUAUACGGUGUAUGGAGGUGAUGCCCAUUUUGAUGACGCUGAGAUGUGGUCCAUCAAUUCCCGUAGAGGAACUAAUCUUUUCCAGGUAGCAGCGCAUGAGUUUGGUCACUCGCUGGGUCUCUCACACAGCGAUGUAAGAUCCGCAUUGAUGGCGCCGUUUUAUCGUGGUUACGAUCCUGCUUUCCAACUCGAUCAGGACGACGUCCAAGGAAUUCAGUCGCUUUAUGGCCACAAGACCCAGACAGACAUUGGUGGCGGUGGCGGCGGACUGAUACCUUCCGUUCCUCGAGCGACCACGCAGCAGCCGUCAGCUGAGGAUCCGGCUCUCUGCGCUGAUCCUCGUAUUGAUACUAUCUUUAAUUCUGCCGACGGUUCGACUUUUGUAUUCAAAGGCGAUCAUUACUGGAGGCUAACUGAAGAUGGCGUAGCGGCUGGGUACCCGCGUCUUAUUUCCCGAGCCUGGCCUGGUCUACCCGGAAACAUUGAUGCAGCAUUUACCUACAAGAACGGCAAGACUUACUUCUUUAAGGGCUCGAAGUACUGGAGGUACAAUGGGCAGAAGAUGGACGGGGAUUACCCCAAGGAUAUUAGUGAAGGCUUCACCGGUAUCCCAGAUAACCUAGAUGCGGCUUUGGUUUGGUCCGGCAAUGGCAAGAUCUAUUUCUACAAGGGCUCGAAAUUCUGGCGAUUUGACCCUGCACAACGGCCUCCCGUGAAAGCUACCUACCCGAAGCCUUUGUCUAACUGGGAUGGAAUACCUGAUAACAUCGACGCCGCCUUGCAGUACACUAACGGAUACACCUACUUCUUCAAGGGGGGAUCAUACUGGAGAUUCAACGACAGAUUGUUCAGCGUGGACACAGACAACCCUCAGUUCCCGCGUUCAACCGCGUUCUGGUGGUUGGGCUGCAGCAGCGCGCCGCGCGGCACCGUCGGAGGUAACGCUCGACUAUCAGACGACACUGUUCCUGCCGAUGACGACGUCGGGGACAUUACCUUCGACGCAGGUGUAAAAUCAUCCGCUCCCAGAUCAUUCUUCUGGUUCAGGAAAUAGCCUCGGUGGAGAGUUCCUGAACAUUGUACAUAUAAUGUUUGCAUACAGAAAAAAGACUCAAUUAGUUACAUAGCAAAUAUAUGAGAAUACCAGUGAGAUUAAAAAAGCUUAAGCGGUGAUUUUAGAACCGGCGAGCUUGUCACAAUCUGCCUGUACGUCCAACUUCAGAAAUCUUUGCAUGACGCCUGCAUGAUUACUAUUUUGCUUUCGCAUUAUUUGCUCGCACGAAAACUUUUGUAUUACUUUCUAUCUGCUUUUGGUUUUAUAAGCAUCCUAAAGUUUUACAUUAUGGUUUGUAUGUUUUUGUAAUUUAUUUUCUUUUUAGGUUAUGUAUGUUCUAAAUCAUGAACUGUUGAUUCCGUAUGGGUGCACUUCAUAAUUUUAUUUAUUUCGAUUUUUCGCUUCAUAGUCAUACGUUAUCAAUAUUUGUUUCAUAAUCACGACGACUGAGAGAUUUCUAUUGACGCGGUGUUGGAUAAUUUAAGAAUGACCACUUAAUAAUAAAAUUAAAUAUUCAUUCGUUUUUUAGACGCGAAGCAUAGAAUAAGAAUAAGAGUAAUCAACAUCUAAUUGUAAGAUUAAUUGGAAUUAAAGAAAGGAUAACAUUUAAGUUAAUGUAAGAAAAUUUAAUGAAAGUUUAACACCACGUGUUCGCUUUUGAGCGCUGUUUGGUUUUCAACACUAAAUUGAUGGAGAUUGGUAGCAUGACUAUAAAUUUUAAAAAAAUACUAAAACAUUAAAUUAUGAGCAAUAAUAAAUUAUAAUAUGUUGAUUUUGUUGAUAACAGAGUGCUGCAUGAAUUUGUAUGAUUGAUUAAUUAAUAUACUUACAUGUGAAGUAUUUGAUAUUAUAGAUAAUUUAUGAAAUUAACGAAAUAACUUGUAUUUUAGUGCAUGCAAAAUCGCGUUGAUAAUACAUAUAAUCACAUAUUUAGUAGCAUUUGUAUAUUUGAUUAGAGUUAUUAGUAGUGUUGUGACGCACAAUCGGGAUUCGGUUUUGGUCGACUAAAGUACUAAAGUCUAAAGAAAAGUUAUGUUUCAGUGGUCAACGUUCAGUCGGACGGAGCCAGACUUUAAUAUAAUGAUUGUGGUUCCGUGCCGCCUCAUGUAUUAGGAGGCCUCAAAACGACCUCCGCCGCGACACCAUUCACACGCAUCUGUAGGUUUCUUUUGUUUCAUUUUGUAACACUAUCGUGAAUUUCAACUGUGCUCACAUAAUUACAAAACUUAGCUAUGACAUGUCCUUCUUCAAACGAGGCUUGUGGAGAGUACUUUAUGGUAGGCAGCGGCUUGACUCUGCCCCUGGCACUGCUGACCUCUAUGAGCGACGGUGACCACUUACCAUCAGGUGGGCCGUAUGCUCGUCUGCCUACAAAGGCAAUAAAAAAAAACAUUACAAAUAAUAAUUUUUCAUAUGCAAAUAUGAAAGCAAAAUAAUUUUGUGAAAACAUUUGAAAUUCACGCUAGAUUUUGUGAAUCUCAUAUUCGCUUCUCAUUUACUGUCCCAUCCAGGUAUUUUCACCAUUAAAUCUAUAUGUCAUCUUUGGUGCGCACUUGUUAACUUUUAUUAUUUUGAAUGUAGCAGCAGUUAUAUCGAAUGUCCACAAUGUUUACACUAUUGCACUUCGCACCUUGUGCUCACAUGCCUAGUUCGGUUAAGGACGUUUUCUUUUGGAUUCUACAGAUGACGGCACGCCUAGUUUGGAGAACGACGGUGUAAUCGCGCGGCCAACACUAACCAGCGUGCUGGUCGUGGUCGUGACCACGCUGAGGCACGUGUUGCGUACGUAGCGCACGUGCCUUGUGUAGUGCGAGUAAAGCGCACAUCGCGGGGGCCACGUGUAGCCUACGUUGCUGCAAUCAUCCACCGCGUGACCUCAAGGACGAUGUCACCGACUGUGAACGUGUACUGAGUGCCUGUUUGCGUUGUUCGAUAUUCCUCGUAUAUCGAGCGUCUCGCUGUGAUGAAUAAUGUACUUUUUUACUCUGUGAGAACAAUGUAAUUUAAUGAAGUCAUAGUUUUUAUACUUAAAUAUAAAUAGAUGAUGUAAGUUCGAGUGUGAUAUUGACGUAAGCGAUGAUUUUUGUAAUAAAAAAUAACAGACACCCGUA